AUGGACAAAGAUUGCGACAUGGUUUAUAAAAACAUUUCUGACAUAUAUAAAUCUGAGGAGUUUAAGACUUACGAUAACUUUGUUUCAUUAGUUGCUGAAUGUGUUUGGGAAAUAAGAGAUAAAGAUAGAAGAGGUAAGGUAUGGAAUGAACAGAUAAGACCCGCUAUGUUUGAGAUGAAGAAAACCAUUGACGCCUUAGUUGUUUUAGCAGGUAAGGUUUCAGAAUAUAACGCAAAGUUGAACCCACAAUGUUCAAAAUGUAAAGCAGCAAUAAGGAAAUAUAACUACUCCGUCAAAGAGAUAGAAAGAAUGAGAAACGACUAUGCAGACUUAAAGAAAGAAGCAGAAAAGCCAGCAGAAGAUAAAAUGGACAUGUUAGAAUUUCUGAACAAAAACUAUCCAACAGCAGAAGAUUUCCUUCUAUCUGACGUCAAGAAGAAGUAUAAAGAAACCUUCGGUAUUGUUAAAACUUUUGACAUACUAAAAGAAGAAAUAGAAGCUACGAAAUUGUUUAGGAUUUCAAAUAUACAUCGUACAAUUCAUGUGAAACGUUUAUAA